CCUCUCUCUUUCCUCUCUCUACACUUCCUCUCUCUCUCAAACCAAAACUACUUAUGCCGCCUCCAUUGCAUUCAUCGGCGACCACCAUUAAGCCAUUUUUCUCUUUCUCGAGGUUUGCCGCCACUGCACAGCAGCCAUGCAGCCGCCAUAGCCAUUAACGUCAGUCGUCGCCGCCGGCGGACUCAAUAUCUUCCGUAGGUUAGCAAGAUAUCAUAUGUCCGAUUGACAUCAUAUCCAACUUGGCACUCUCGAACAUCAUCAUGGAUACUCUCCAUGGAUGUACCUAAGUCAAUUCUCUAUGCAGAAAGCCUGUCUCAUUCAUCUGACCUUGUAAAGAAUGUGAAAUCUCACUUUCGUACAAAAGUCGUGGUGCGUGAGGAUUGCAUUAGUCUGGAAGGGAAAGGUGCUCCUAAUGUUGUUGGCCUCUUCAAAGGAAAGCCUGAUAGUACUUGCCCUAUGAACAAAUAUGACUGUGACUUGCCAAAUCUUCCAAUGGUAUUAUUACAGCAGCAUCAAGCAGUUUAGUACAAGCAGCCUCUUGUGGUGGAGAGGUCUUGCUCGACUAUUGGAAGUUAAAAGAUUUGUUAAAUGAUGAACGCCCAUCUCAAGAAGUCAACCAAGAGGAUGAAAGUGAU